AAUUCGCACUUUUUGUUUACAUUUUUUGACAAUCAGCGGUGUUUCUGGCGAAAAAAUUGAAUUCUUUCAAGAAUAGAGGAGAUUGAGGCUGAUUUCUUGUUGAAUUUUGGGAAAAAUGGACACUGUAGCUUUGAUGCAAAAAGAAGAAGGCACAAAAGCAAUUCCUCGCUUGCCCGUCGACACGGAAACAACAAAUUUCAACAAUUGGACAAUUUCUUACACGAAAAGUCACAUUUUGAAGAGUAUUUGUACGCGCAACAACGAAUGUCGUGCCGAUGACCCGGCAACUUGCUGCGAAUUAUGUACUUACAACUUUGCUUUGGAGCUGCCUCACUUGCCGGAUAUGGUUUUUCACAAAAACGAGUUGACUCUGGUGCACGAAAAUGGUGCCCGAUUGGAAUUUAAGCCGAUUGACGCGUUGCGUGAUGUCAAAGCGAAGCUUUUGCGCGACGAAGUGGUCAAAGUUGCAUGCAGCGAGGAGUGGAAAGAGUCCCGACCGGCAGAUACGACGACGGAAAAAGUAAAACCCUUUGAUUGGACCUUCUGUACGGAGUAUCAAGGCACCACGAGCGGCAUAAAAGUCGAAAAAACCGACAAAAAAAUCGAUUUGAUGAAGCUAAUGAAGCGGGAAAAUAUUUUAUUCUAUCACGAUUUGACACUUUUCGAGGAUGAGCUGCAUGAUCAUGGAAUAAGUUCGUGUUCGGUGAAAAUUCGUGUGAUGCCGAGUGGUUUUUACGUCCUUUUACGGAAUUUUAUAAGAGUCGAUGGGGUGAUGAUCCGAAUAAAUGACACGAGAUUUCAUUAUGAGGUCGAUAAUGACUACAUUUUGAAGGAAUUUACCUCGCGCGGCGCCAAAAUCCCGGAUUUGAAGCAUAUUCCGCCCGCUUUGUUCACAGAUCCGCAGGAAAUCUCCCAAAUGCUGCCCAUCGAGACGCAAGUCAAGGAAAUUUUAAUGUUUAAAUAG